AUGACUCGCUUUAUUCGAAAGUAUGUUACUGCUUGCCUUCAUUGUGCUUAUGGUAAGAGUGGUCAUGGUAAAAAGGAAGGAAAAUUGUUCCCUAUUCCCAAACCCACAGAGCCCAUGAUCAUGAUUCAUGUCGACCACUUGGGCCCCUUUUGCAAGACAGCUAAAGGCUAUCAGUAUAUGCUGGUUAUAACAGAUUCCUUUUCUAAAUUUGUUAUUGCUGAGCCAACUCGAACAGUCAAUUCGGUGGAAACCAUUAGAACACUCAGAAAAAUAUUCAGCUUAUUCGGAUACCCCGAUAAACUUGUAAGUGACCACGGGAAGGCUUUUACCAGUAGAUACUUCAAAAAGUUCUCAUCUGAUAAACAGUUUAGGCAUAUCUUAACCUCCGUCGCAUGCCCGCGAGCGAAUGGUCAAGUGGAACGCACUAACCGUACCAUAUUGAAUGCCUUGCGUGCCACAGAUGCUAGCGAGGCGGCAAAUAACUGGGCGAACAGCUUACCUGAUAUUCUAUGGGGUAUUAAUAAUACCGCGAAUGAAAGUACAACCUACAGACCUUAUGAUUUGAUGUUUUCCAAAAGCUCCAGGCCACGUUGUGACAUCGUUGGCAAUGGAAGUGUUAGUGAGCCAGUGGACGUUAGGCGUAACAAAGCUAGUAAACAGUUAAAACUAGCGAGUGAUAGGAUGAAACGUAACUUUGACAAGAAACGCAAAACAAGCCAUGUCUAUAAAAAGGGGGAUUUAGUUCUUUGGCGGCAAGCACCAACAAGCAGUACUUCGAAGGUAAACACUAAACUUGACGACAUCUUCUCGGGUCCAUAUAUCGUAAUCAAGGUGUUGGGUAAUGACAGAUAUAGGAUCAGAAGUAUUAAGUGA